UCAUUCCUGUCUACAAACGGGGGAAAGCAAUGCCAAAGUUAACUCCUGUUUUGCUUAUAUUUCUAUCACUUCCUCUGCUGAGGCUAGCAUGCUAACCAGCUAGCACCAGCCCGUCCCGAUAGCAACUCAUUAUAAAGUCCAGGCUGUCCUGAAGAAGUAGUGCUGCUCGGAGGGUUUGUUAUAACCUCCUGUGUUGUAAAUGUAACAAUGGCUGAAGCUCUUGUCAAGCAAGCAUCACCACCACCCGCUCCUGGCUAGAAACCACAUUUGGCGGCAGAGAAAACUAACAAAUAGCCCUUUUAAAAAAGUAAUUAAAACUGCCAUCUUGCCAACAUGUGUUGUUAUGCCCACUUACACUAAGAGUGUGCACUGCACGCAGACCCCUCUCCAACGAAAUCCUGCAGAAGUGAGACAUCUCGCGCGGCUACACUCUUUGGCUGUUCUCAGGUGAACAAGGUCGUGACGACAACAAACGCUUUUUUUUUUUUCUUCUCACAUGACUCAGAGGAUACCUCCGCUCCUCAUAGUGAACCAUACUUGAAACGCACCGGCCGUCAGGUGUGAGGAGGUCGACUACUGUAUUGUCUGCUUUUCCCUCUGUGGUUGUGUCAACAUCAGCUACAUGUAGUUCAUUUACGAAGAAGCGGAGGUCGGCACCCGUCCUACACCGGUGUGUGAGGUAAAAACAAGAGACGCAGCCAAGUCACGGGUUCACAUCACCUCAUUAACCACAUGCUGGUGAUGUCACUUCGUUUUUUAGGGCCCACAGCCUGACAGUUUGUGUCAGGAUGAGGAGAGAUCUUGGGUUGACGCUGCUCUUGCUGCUGUCUGCAGCUGCCGAGUCCAACAGCAUGUCUCCACCGGGGAAACCAGUCCUGCUCGGUUGCAGGUCCCCAGAGAAGGAGACGUUUACCUGCUGGUGGAAGCCAGGCUCCGACGGUGGGCUGCUGACCAAGCACCACCUCUACUAUGAGACAGAAAAAUUGGAGGGAACACAGGAGUGUCCAGACUACCGCUCGGCAGGGAGGAACUCCUGUUUCUUUGACAAGGACCACACCUCCAUCUGGGUCGAUUACUACCUGUCAGUGGUGGCCUCCAAUGCCCUUGGGAAUGCCACUUCAGACGUCUUUAAGAUGGACGUAAUGGAAAUUGUCUUGUUCUGUCUGCGCUCGACAGUGAAGCCCAACGUUCCAGAAAACGUCACUCUGCAGGUGAUGAAGAUAGAGGACAAUCCAUACCUCCAUAUCAGAUGGGAGCAUCCCUAUGACACAGACACCAAGUCCGGCUGGGUCACCAUCAAAUACGAACUAAGAGUCCAACAAGAAAACAGCAAUGGGUGGAAGGAGUACACGUCAGGUACACAAACCCAGUUCAACCUGUACAACAUCAAUCCUGGUGUACUGUACAUAGUUCAGGUGCGCUGUGCAUUAGACCACGGCUCCUGGAGCGAGUGGAGCCACUUUACCUCUGUGAAAACCCCAAACUAUGCUCAGAAAUACUUUUGGAUAUUGGUGUCUAUCCUCUCUGCAGUUCCAUUUACAACAGCAAUGUGUAUCUUUGUCAUGAAGAGGAAAUAUGUGAAGAAGUGUCUUCUGGCCCCUGUUCCUGGUCCAAAGAUCCGAGGACUUGAUGUCCAACUUCUGAAGAGGGGGCGAUCUGAAGACAUAAUCAAUGCCCUGAUAAUCAACCAGAGCUUUCCUCCUUCGGUGGCCUGGAAGGACGAGAUAGAGGAGUACCUAAUCGUGUCUGAUGACGGACUUCUGCCAAACCCUUCAAGUUCUCAAAAAAGGAAGAAAAGCUUGAUUAUUCCCACUGGCUUCCACUUAGACUUGGAAAUCCAAUGUAAGGAGUCGUCUCCAGGCCAAAGUGACUGGGACAAGGAUGAGGAAAGAAAGAAAGAAAUAGACAACUUUGUAAAAAGCAUUACGUUGCUCUCAGGGGAGCCACCCCAGCUGCCAACUCAGAAACAGCUGUGCCCAAGUGUAAGCGUUGUAAACAGAGAGGCGACAGAUCAGAGUCCAUCAAAUCACAACGGUGCUGCUGAGAACGCUGUCCAACCUCUGACAAACAGCGGUUAUGUGGAUAUUCAGAGACACAAGAACAUACAGGAGGUGGGUGUGAAAGAGGAGGACUACAGCAGAAUGCAGGAGGUGAACGGUGACAAUGUUCUCAUCCUCCAGAAAGAAAAAGUCACAGCAUACAUGGAUGUUCAGAGACAAGAGGAGAACAUACCAGAGGACUACAGCAGGGUGAAAGAGGUGGACGGUGCCAAUACGAUCCUCCUGCAGAGACAAAAUGUCUCAGCUGACUCUUCCUGUAGGGAGAAGGGUAACCACUACACAAACUGCACCAAUCAGAAGGACUCCCACUUUACUGGGCCCGGUAAACUGGGAGUGUGCACAGAACUAAUCUGUAGCGGAUACGUAGAUGCUACCCCUGCACCAUCUUUAAUGGAAGGUUUUGUUUCACAUGCUAUGUCCAAAAACAAAUGACUGAUGCCCCUAGUUAUUUUACUAGGGUUUUAAUGAUAAAAGAAAUAGUUAUAUUCUAUAUUUUUGUUAUUUCUUUCGGAUAGAUUGCCAUGACAUUUGAUGCAGACAUUCAUGGUCACCAGAGGAACAGGACUGGCUUUUAUGAUCCCCUUACGUUUCCUCUGCACCAUGUGGUUCAGAGUGAAAUAUCUCGACAACUAUUUGAAGGAUUGCUGUGAUAUUUGCCACAGAUAUUUAUGGUUUCUUGAGGUUGAAUUCCAAUGACACCAAUGAUCCUCUGAGUUUUAAAUUUUCCACUUGUUCAGUGAAAUAUCGUGGCAGUGGAUGGCCACUUAAUUCUGUUCUGGUAUUGGUUCCCAGGAGGUGAAUCUUAAUUGAUUUGCUGAGGAGACUGACAUUUUUGGUUUUGUGUGAAAUAUCUAUUUUGUUACAUACAUUCAAAGUCCUUAGAGAAUAACUUUAAGAUUGUGAACAUGGUAAAGAUUAUACCCGAUAAACAUUAAGCUAUAUCAGGCUUCGGCAACACAGAAUACUAGUUGGAGAGUUGUAAGUGGCCAUGAAAAAAUUACAUAAGGUGUUGCAGUGCGUUGCUUUUGCCUCAGGUCAUUCUGGUUUAUCUGGGGUGUGUACAAAAGAAAAGGAAACUGCACUGCACUCACACUAAACCUACAACUAAAAUUUUAAAUGAGAUGACAUUACAUGGCUUUAAUAGGAAUUGAUCUGGAAAAAGUAAAAAUAGGACUGCACACAAAAAUGUCAGUAGUCUAAUCAUCAUAAACAAUUUUUUUCUUUUUGCAUGACACUUAAUGCAACUGAUUUUUAAAGAAUGACUUCCUGUAACUCGUUUUUGAUAUCAAGUUUCAUUCCAAAAGGAUUGAUCCGUUUUAAAAAAUAUCCAUUUCCUAGUUAUGUUAUGAGAGACAAGAAAUCAUUUUGGAAUGAACAUUUCAAAUGUAGGGCCAAUACAGGCUACUUUACAUCACAUUGUAUGUGGGAUUUAAAAAGAGAUAAUCUUCUUUUUAUAUUAAUUUAGGGAGAGAAGAAGUAAGAGGAUUCAAAUGCAUUAAUACAAAUUACAUCUAAUGAUAAUUGUUUCAUAGAAGCAAAGAUAGACAUUUUAAAAUGUUUGUUUGUGUCGUACAUUUUAAGCACCAUGUCUGGUCUUGUGUUGCACUCUUCAUAGUGCAGUUUAAACUCAGGAUUUUUUUUUCCUGCCUCAGGUUAAGGAUAGAAACUUAGAGUAAACAUGACUUUUUGUGUCUCUGCUCUAUUUGUGGAAGUAAAGUACUAAAAAUUA